CCUAGUUUGAAAUUUGUAAGACUUGGAGCGACAGAAAUGCAUGAUUUUUUAAUUUUUAGAAUCCAUAAAAAAUAAUUUCAAUAUAAUUAAUCUGAACAUAAACUUAUAUUCGAACCAAAUGACAUUCAACGAGGACUGCGUAUUUCUUCAGGGAUGGCAGUUAGAUUCAAAAAUUCCAAGCAGUUUCUCUCCCCUUCUUCAGAAUACGUUACCAAGUUCAUCAAAACCCAAAUUAACCUUUCAAAACCCACUCCAAAACUCUGGUCUGAUUAUGAUGAUGCUGAAUCUUUUGACCCAUACAACAAUGGUGUACAUAAUAGAUUGACAUUAAGUCACCCCAUUUUACGAAUUUUAGAUUCUUGCACCCUGAAAUUGACACAAUUUAAUCAAGUACAUGCCCAGCUCAUUGUUUCAGGUAUCUUUCAACACCCUUUAGCUGCAGGUCGAGUUAUGAUGAAACUUUGCUCUUCACAAUCCAUUUUUCCUCAUGCUGUAAAGAUUUUUGAGAAUCUUGAAAACCCAGACGCUUUUAUUUGUAAUACAAUAAUGAAAUGUUAUGUGAAUUUCGAUGACCCGGAAAAGGCUUUGGUGUUUUACUCUGAUGAGAUGGUGAAAAAUGGGAUCUUUCAGAAUCAUUAUACGUUUCCUAUAUUGGUUAAGGCUUGUGCUGAUUUGGGUAGGGUAAAAGAAGGGGAAAUGAUUCAUGCCCAUGUAGUGAAAUGUGGGUUCGAGUUGGAUUUGUAUACUAGGAAUGUUUUGAUUCAUAUGUAUUCGGUGUGCUGCCGGAUUCAUGAUGCAAGGAAGGUGUUUGAUUUAAGUUCUGACUCAGAUUUGGUGACUUGGAACACUAUGAUUGAUGGGUAUGUGAAAAAUGGAGAAGUGAAUCUUGCGCGUUAUGUUUUUGAUGUAAUGCCUGAAAGGGAUGUUAUUAGCUGGAAUUCCAUGUUAUCUGGAUAUGUGGGGAUCGGAGAUAUGGAGGCUGCAAACUUACUGUUUAGGGAGAUGCCUUCCAGGGAUACUGUUUCUUGGAAUUGUUUGCUUGAUGGAUAUGCUAGGACUGGAAAUGUAGUAGCUGCCCGAGCUUUCUUUGAGCAGAUGGAUUAUCGGAAUGUAGUUUCUUGGACUACUUUAAUGGCUCUUUAUGUGCGGUUGAAGUACUAUACAGAAUGCUUGGGAUUGUUUGAUUUAAUGAUGCAAGGAAGAGAUGUUCAACCAAAUGAGGCUAUCCUCAUGAGUGUUUUGACUGCUUGUGGACAUUUAGGGAGACUUGAUCGUGGAAAGUGGAUACAUUCAUAUAUAAGAUACAGUGGGAGUAUUAAUUCUGACAUGUUGCUUUCAACUGCCCUAUUGACAAUGUAUGCUAAGUGCAGUGAGAUUGAUUUGGCGAAGGAGGUAUUUGCUGGGAUGCCAGAGAAAAGUGUUGUUACGUGGAACUCUAUGAUCAUGGGUUAUGGAAUCCACGGGCACGGCGAGGAAGCACUUGAAACAUUCUUGGAGAUGGAAAAAAGUGGAGUGAGGCCAAAUGAUGCUACAUUCAUUUGUGUUCUAAGUGCGUGUACUCAUUCAGGGAUGGUAUUAGAGGGCUGGUGGUAUUUUAAUGUGAUGACUAGAGUUUAUAGAAUAGAACCUAAAGUUGAACACUACGGCUGCAUGAUUGAUCUUCUUGGGCGCACUGGUUUGAUGAGAGAUUUUGAAGACCUCAUCAAGAAUAUGCCUAUGGACUCGGGACCAGCAUUAUGGGGAGCUUUGCUUUCAGCUUGCAAGACCCACUCAAAUAUGGAACUUGGUGAGAUCAUCGCCAAGAGAUUAAUUGAGAGGGAUCCAGAGGAUAUCGGAUCCUAUGUGCUUCUAUCUAACAUAUAUGCUGCACAAGAGAGAUGGGAUGAUGUGGAGAAGGUAAGAAAAAUGAUUGUUGUAAACGGAAUUAGAAAGGAAGCAGGAUCUAGCCUAGUCCAAUUUGUAAACUCGGACAUGUGGUGUUUUCCAGAAAAUGUUUCAGUACACAAGAGAGUUAUGAUGUGUUCCAUGUUGAGUGAGAUGGGUGCUCAAAUCAAAUCUCAGAGUGAUCGGUGAUGGAAUGGAGGAACUUGAAUAUAGUGGAGUCCCUCGGAGAAGCAACAACAGGGACAUGUAUGCCAAAAGAGAUAAUAGACAUAUAGUGAAUCGAGGACAUCAAGCUCACGGAGCAAAACUGCAACAAUUUUGAGCUAAGACUACAUUUCUUUUGCAUAUUUCUGGUACAGCAGAAAAUCCGGCAUUGUGCAGCAAGUACAUUAUGCUUGUUUGACUGUCUACAAUCGGCCUGCAACUUUUGUGAUGGGACAAUGACUGACAAUUGGAAUAGAGAGAGUGAACAUCAUCAAUGUGGAAUUGUUGAAAGUUUAGAAUUUUAAAUUGGCUGAGAUAUCCUCAGGUUGAAGAAAAAGCCACUGGUGGAUAGCUUAAGAUCAUCACAUAUUGCGAUGAAAUCGCGAAGUUGGCAGGAAAGGCAUCUGAAUAAGCUGAGUACUCAAAAAUUUCCUACUUUGGUUUCUUUUUUCCAUAAUAUAUCUGAAGAUUCUUCAGGUUGAGAUAGCUGAUGGAUUCUAAUCACAUAGCUGUCUUCCAUUGUAUCUGUAACUAUCAGAGUUUUCCCCCUUUGUCUGUAACAACCACAGCUACUAUAGUAUGUUUGCAGUUAACUUCUUUGCUUCUUCUUUGUUACUUGUGUUUUUUUAAGAGCCAAGAGAUUCUCAUGACUAGACUCUUGUGACCAGGAUUAAUGUUCCAUUUGUAGAGGUUAGUUAGGGUUGCUGUAUUUAGCAUGUGCUUUGAAUCAAUGUGCAGAAAUUUGUAAUCUAAUGCAAGCAAUAUUUUAAGUUUGAAUGAUCAGAUUUGUGAUCUAAUUGAAGAAUUUUAGUUUACACGUGAAAUAAUAUACUGUAACAGUUUAACAUAAACAUAUUUUGAAUAAAAGUCCGGCUGUACCAUUUAUGUGAGAUUCUUUCCUUUUUAGUUUGUUCCCAAAAAAAGUCACCUUUCUAUAUUUAGAAACAGUUCAACUCUAAACUUCCAAUUUUAUGCUUAAUAACAUAGUUUUAUAGCCACAGAAAUGUCAGGGCACAGUUUAGAUCCCGUAUCUAAGUUGUGCAUGGGUUUUGCUUCACCUCAGGUAAUCACACAUAGAGCCCAUCAUCUUCCUGAACAGCAUCCGUCAAUCCAAAUUCAAUCGGUACACAGACAUUCCUUAAAGUACUAAAUUCUGCAUCGCACAAAAUUACUCCCUCCGUUUCAUUUUUAUGUGAAGGUGUUUGAAUGGCAACAUAGUUUAAGAUAAAAAGGAAACCUUAAUAGAUGUAGACAAGUUCUGUAUUUCUUACAUCCCGGUCAUGAAUCAUUAUGAAAAACUGCUUUAAAACAUAAAGUUUAUUUGUUGAAAAUACAUAGUUGAGUCAGGAUAUUUUUGUUGAUUAUAUUUACUAGCAGUAAAGAAUGAUAGCUAUCGCAGAGUAACACUAUCAAAGAGAUAAUAAACUUAUUUAGUAAAAUUUAAUCAGAUAGCAAGAGUCCUUUGUGUUUAUGCAUCAACUUGUAUUCCUGAGUCGUAUGUGUCACCAGCUUUCCAGUUUUCAGGUAUAUUAUUGACAGGAACAACCCAUGUCUCAUCUCCAUUAUCAACACUCAAUAGCAUUCUGAUUUUCAGAGGUCCCCUUGGAGGUGAAGUAGUAGUCCACACUGCUCCAUGUGUCCUGUCCAACAGCUUACAUACAAAAUUUUGUGUCUGCAUAUUGAAAGAAGAUAGUAUUCAAAACGUUGAAAUAUAGGAAAAUUUGGACGAAGCAGCCUUAACUUCUCCUACUGUUAUUUCAUUAUCGACUGCAUGUAGAAACUUUUACUGUGUGGAUUCUGAAAGAUGAAACAGAUACUAGGUUCUUGCAAACUACCAGAUAUACCUCACAUAAUUGCACGGCUGUAAUAUCACUUUUGCCUUGUUGAUACCUUAGCACAAAAGCCAAGUAAUGAGGAUUGUUGCUGCUCUCUUCAAUAGUGAUUGUAAUAUUUUUGUCCGGGUAGGUGCAUGAGACCCUGUUUGAUGGAGAAAGAGCGAUAGAUAUGUGAGUCUCCCUUUAACAGAAGAGUAAUUAGCAAAUUGCUUGCCUUAUGUGGUACUUGAUGAAUUGAUAUCCAAUGAUCCAUGUUUGCUUAUAUACUUUGAAUAUUUACAGGUCUAGCUAUAAACUAACUUCAACUGGGAGAUACAUCUUACCUUCUGUACUCAAUAUCCACCACACCAAGUUGCAAUAUUGAAGCAGCAGCAUCUGUUGUCUGAGCCAUGCGAGCAAAGGCUCGCUGACUUAGAAUAAAGUCUGUGCGAUCUCCUGCACCUUGGUCUGUUACGACUAUAGUCACUCCUUUAUCAGAACAGUAGUUACUAUCGGUGCACCUCACCUAGCAAAACAAGACCAUUUCGAUAUAGUUCUGAUGCUGCUGAGACAUCUCCGCCAUUGACUGUUGCUCCAAAAGUACCAAAUCCACAACUCCCAGCUGCAUGUCAUAAAAAAGAAGAGUGGCCUGCACGAGAACGAGUGAAACAAUCCGGGCAUGUCUGAGAGUUCCCCAUGGUUUGCAUGAAGAUAAAAGAUGCUACAAAGACAGAGAGAACUUGAAGAGGAGCCAUUUGGAUUCAAGAUCACAAGGAAAGGGAUUAAGCAAGAGAAAACUAGUUGGUGUUGCAUGGAAUUGAAAUGGCGUUCGAGUAUUUAUAGUGAACUGGAAGAAGCAAAUAAACCUCCACGAGGGUAAAGCUUAACUAUGACUUUUGACAUUCUGUUCAACCAAUUUUGAAUGCAGGGAAUUCUGUCUUUACCAAGCAACCUUUUUGGACCUUGCAUCACUUGUUUUAGAUAAUAAAGGGAGUUAAUUUCUCACUUUAUUAGGUGAAUAUUUUAUGCUUCUUUAAUCUCUCAGUUGUUCCUUGCCAACCUUCAACUGGCUCAGUUUAGAAAUUGUGUUACUAUUCCCUCCGUUCCAAUUUAUGUGAUGUUUGACUAGGGCACAGAGUUUAAGAAUGAAAGAAAAACUUUUGAAACUUGUGGUUUGAAACAAGUUAUA